AUGCUUUAUGACAGCAAUUUAAGAAUGUCUCUGAUCAAUAAGGUUAUAGAUUAACUUCAUAAUGCCUAAAUGGAGGCUGAAAAGGUAUGUGUAAUGUCAAGAACUAUUUAGUUGGCUGACUUGAAAGUAGAUUUUAAUUAAUUGAAUAGGAGAUUAAUAGAAUUUUCGCAGGAAGUCGUUGAACUUUGGAGAAAGGGAUAUUCUCAGCGGGACUAUGCUCUAUACAAGGAGCGAUUGCAGUAAUUGACAGGGAUGCAUAAAAAUUCGCUAUCAAAGAUAAGUGAUUAAUCAAGAUCAAAAAAUACAAUUAGGAAAUUAAGCAAGCAGUCGAGUGAAAACGAAUGCAGUAUUUAAACUAAGGCUAAAUUCCAACCAGACUAAAAUCCUUAAUAAAUAUAUUUAUUGAAGGAGGACGACUUCUCGGAUAUUUCAUUCGCCUCUUUAACGAGUAGUAAUUCAGAGACAAUUCAUGAAAUUAUUGAACAUUCGGAUAAAAACACAUAAGGGUUUUGUUAGGUUCAUAAUUGCAGAGAACUAAAAAUCAUUCGGGAAAUUUUUAGAUAAAAAAUAGACAUAAAUCAAUUGUAAUUGGCCUUGGAGGAGAUCAUCUCAUUAAAGUCAUAAAUUAGAAUGAAAUUGUAGAAGGAGAACUAAAAGAUUUAAGCGAUGCAUGAACGGCUGAUUGAGGGGUAAAAUAAACUCAAAAGGAUGGAAGAAUUUGAAAAGGAGCAAUCGGAAUUGAUAAUAUAGAAGAGAAUAGCAUUGAAUCUAGAAUGA